AUGCCCAAACCAAUGAAUCAACACGGGAUUCGAAGAUUCCUGGGUUUCAGCAAUUACUAUCGCAGAUUUGUUAAAGACUAUGCUGAAAAAUCGGAACCUCUGACCCGACUACUGAAGAAGGAUUGCCAGUACCAUUGGAAAACCGAACAUGAUGAAGCUUUCAAAUUUCUCAAGCACGCCAUUACGGAAGAUUCCCUGCUGUAUCAUCCAGAUAUGAACGAACCAUUCAUAGUGCACGCAUCGAGCACUGAAAAAGGACUGGGGGCAAUACUAAGCCAAAAAGAUGAUGAAGGGGAUAAACACCCAAUCCUCUAUGCAUCCCGAACAUUACGAGGAGCUGAAAUUCGCUACACAUCUGCAGAGAGAGACUGCUUAGCGGUGGUAUAUGCGCUAGAGCAGUUCAAACCCUACAUUUAUGGAGUGCCUUUCAUUGUUAUCCCGAAUAGCCCAGCCAUCAAUUGGCUGCGAGAUUCCAGCAAUCCCACCUCCAAACAAAAGAAGGCACAGCUGGCCGAUGCAUUUGCAGAGAAUCCAUUGGAGAACGACCAGCCUGAAGAAACUUUACUCAUUGUUUGCCUACCGGCAACCAAGGUAUCACGUCCAAACCUUAAACCCUCAAGAACAGUGAGGAAUCCCAAUCUACGGGUUCGCUUCAACUCGGAACCUGAGGUCAUUCAAAUACCAGUCACUGGUAGCUCAGUAGCAGAACGAAUCAAAACAAGGCGAAUGACUGACCUCGCCACCGGUACAGAAGAGUCCCGAGGAUCCACCGAGAGACCUGAUGAAGUGAACAUUUCUCUGAAAGGAGAACCAAUGGAGGACGAUGUGUUUGAAGAAAGAGAGCAACUGGAUGGCCUGAAUCAAGGAAUAAUCGAAUCAGAAUCUUUAAUGGAAGAACAAGAUGACGACCCCGAGGAACUCCCCGAAGAUACUCUGACUCAACAAUUGGAGGUCCAAUUUGAAUAUACACCUGGGCAUAAAGGAAUUUAUGGAAACGAAAGAGCUGAUGAACUAGCUAAGACAGGAUCGAAGAUCUACGCGCCCACCUAA